AGAGAGGCGGACCAAGUCUUCUCCUACUUCCUCAUUAAGUAUAAAGCCCAACAUAUUCCGCUCUUUAUUUUUAUUUAUUUAUUUCCUUUUGUUUCUUUAAUUUUGCUUUAGCUUUCAAACACCAUGGGUGGAAAUGGCAGGCACCCUAGAUGGAAAAUCUCCUUCUAUCAUCGUUCUAGUUCAGCUCCCAAACCACCUCCUAAAGAGUUCAUCUGUCCGGUUUCCGGCUCGUUAAUGUUUGACCCUGUUGUGGUUUCUUCCGGUCAAACGUUCGAACGUGUUUCCGUUCAAGUCUGUCGGGAUCUUGGGUUUACACCCGAUUUAGAAGACGGGUCUACGCCCGAUUUCACUGCUGUUAUUCCCAAUUUAGCUAUGAAACAAACCAUUCUCAAAUGGUGCGAUAGUUCCCGGUCCGAACAUCCGCCCGUACCCGAUUAUAAUUCCAUUGAUAACAUCGUCCGCUCGAUAAUGAAGUCGUCGGAUAGACCGGGGUCAUCGUCAACGAAAUCGGCUCCGGGUAUAAGAUUUUCGGAGAGGGAGUUGUUAAAAGGAGUAGCGGAGAAUCCGCCGGUUAUAUUCUCUCACGCGGCGACCGAGUUGAACCACCGAGUCAAUCAUUUCUACUCGAGCUCAUCGGAAGAAUCGGUGGUCGUGGCCCCGUCGAGUCCAUUCACUCCGUUACCUCUCACGACACGGCCGGCUUGCUGCUCUUACUCCACGUCAUCGUCUUCCUCAGCUGAAAUCACAGACGCCCCGCUGACAUCAUCGCCCGAGGAAGAAGAGCUACUGCGGAAGAUGCGAAGCAACGACAUCGUUUUGCAAGAGGAAGGAGUGAUCACGUUACGGAAGCUGACUAGAGCUAAGGAAGAUAUUAGGGUUAGUUUGUGCACGCCAGCUGUGCUCUCGGCUCUGAAGCCGUUGAUCGCUUCGAGGUACUCGGUUGUACAGACAAACGCUAUCGCUUCCCUUGUGAAUAUUUCUCUCGAGAAGCCUAAUAAAGUUAUCAUCGUACGGUCAGGAAUUGUUCCCCUUUUGAUUGAUGUGUUAAAAUCAGGUUCUGAUGAGUCACAGGAGCACGCGGCGGGUGCGUUGUUUAGUUUAGCUUUGGACGAUGAGAACAAGAUGGCUAUUGGUGUGUUAGGCGCGUUGCAGCCGUUAAUGCACGCGCUUCGCGCGGGGAGUGAGCGGACUCGGCAUGACUCGGCACUGGCGCUGUAUCAUUUAACCUUGAUUCAAAGUAACCGGGUCAAACUCGUGAAACUCAACGCGGUGCCAACGUUGAUGACUAUGGUGAGGUCGGGUGACUCGGUGAGUCGAAUGUUGUUGAUAUUAUGCAACUUGGCUGCGUGUAAUGAGGGUAGGUCUGCGAUAUUGGACGCGAAUGGAGUGUCGAUAUUGGUGAGUAUGCUGAGAGAGAGUGCGUUGGACUCGGAGGCGACUCGGGAGAAUUGUGUGGCGGCGUUGUUUGCAUUGGCUCAUGGAAACAUGAGGUUCAAAGGGUUGGCUAAAGAAGCGAGAACUGCAGAGGUGUUGAGAGAGGUAGAAGAAAGAGGUAGCCAGAGAGCAAGAGAAAAAGCUAAGAGGAUAUUGCAGAUGUUGAAGGGAAGAGAGGAGGAGGAGGAUGUGGAUUGGGAGGGAAUGUUAGAGUCGGGUGGGAUGAGUCAAAGUCGGUUCCGAGUUGGAGUGAAUUUGCAUGGUUCCAACUCAACUAAUUUUUGAUUAUUACCAUAUUUAUUUUUGGGUUCUUUGUAGGUUGUAACUGUGGAAGGUAGUGAGUCGGGAGUGAGUGAGAGCGGGAAGAAACGUUUCUGUGUUGGGGGUGUAAUUAUUGGUGGAGGAUGUUUUUAGAAUGUUAGUUGUUAAUAAUUAGUUUUUGUUAUUUUCAAUGAUUAAUUGUAUUUUGAAUUGAAGUUGAGGUUUUCAAGGGUU